AUGAAGCUUCUAGGAAUUCGAAUUGGGGAAGCAAAGCCCGAAUAUGCUGAUGCUAUUAAACCUUUGGAUCAUGUAAAACGACUUCAUGAUGUUCCCAAAAAUGAUAAUCAAUCAAUUGAAGAUGGUCCAAAUAGCCAAGAGAGUGAUGGGAGUUCACCAUCACCUGGUGCAAGCACUCAAAAAAGUACGCCAACGAUCGAGAGUUUGAGAGAUGAGGUUGAGGAAAUGGGAUCAUGGACUUCAGGUCGAGAAUUAAAAUUUAGAAUCAUGGAACUUGCCAUUAGUGAUAUAGGUAUGGGUAAGCAUCAAUGGCACUUGUUCAUAUUGUGUGGUAUCGGAUGGGCUGCUGAUAACCUGUGGCUCCAAGGAGUAGCUUUGAUCCUUCCCUCUUUAUCUGCUAAUUUUGAGAUAUCGGAACAAUUGGUUCGGUACGCCACUCUCUGGUUUUACGUUGGAUUAUCACUUGGUGCCGCUGGGUGGGGUAUCGGAUCGGACAUCGUAGGAAGAAGACUAGGAUUCAAUUCGACCCUGGCUAUCACUGGAAUAUUUGCCUUAGGUUUGGCAAAUGCGCCGAAUUUUACCGCAGCUUCAAUUAUUCUGGCAGCAGUUGGAUUCGGAGUUGGGGGCAGUCUUCCCGUAGAUGGAACCAUGUUUCUUGAAUUUCUACCACACGAAAAACGUAGUUACUUAACACUCUUGUCAAUAUGGUGGCCAGUAGGACAGGUGCUCACUUCGCUCCUUGCAUGGCUGUUCCUUGGAACAAAUUUCGACCCAAGCCGCGGUUGGAGGUUCUUCAUAUACUCUCUGGGAGGUAUAACUUUGGCAAUGGCUCUUGCUCGUCUGUUAUUUGAUAACGUCGAGUCACCCAAAUACCUACUUGGCAUAAAUAAGCAAGCAGAAGCUGUAAGAUCUGUUCGUGCACUAGCACAUAAGAACGGCACCCAGACUUGGCUCGCCGAAGAAAUUUUGAACGAAAUAGGGGGAACAAGAGAGAUCACUGAAGAAGUAAAGUCAAGUACAAUAGUGAAGGUUCGUCAAGCGAUUGCAUCUUUUGUACCGGAAACGAGAAAAAAGAUUUCUCCACUGUUUGGAACUCUCCAAUUGGGUAUAAAUACUGGUUUAUUAUGGUUCAUUUGGACUGCCAUUGGAAUGGGGUAUCCAUUAUUCAACGCCUUCUUACCACAAUAUUUAUCGAACGGUCAUAAAACAGAAGAAGACUCCAAUACUUAUCGGAACUACGUAAUAAUCAGUGCCGCCGCCGUCCCAGGCUCCAUUCUGGCUUGCUAUCUUGUCCAUAAAGCAGGUCGUCGGCGACCAAUGGCCUUUGCAACAAUGGUUGCCGGAGUGUUCAUCUUCCUUUUCACCCUCCGCAAUGACAGCAUGUUUCAAGUCGGCUUUGGAUGUGCCGCGUCCUUCUUUCAAAAUAUCAUGUUUGGAAUUCUUUAUGCAUAUACCCCAGAAACAUUUCCCGGGCCCAGUAGAGGAACUGGCUGUGGUAUUGCCCAUUCCCUGGGUAGACUCGGUGGAAUAUGUGCUCCUCUGAUAGCAGCGAAUAUUGGUCCAUCUAAUCCAAGUUUACCUAUUUACCUCAGUGGAGGUCUGAUCCUUGCGGGGUGUUUGGCAAUGUAUUGUCUCAGAAUAGAGACAAAACACAGACAUGCUUCAUUCGAUGUACCAAAGGGCCAAUGUGUAAGAAAGGCUGAAUGUACCACACGGCGAUGUAGAGCCCGUUCCUGA